AGUGAUGUCCUCGAGCCACGUGCGUGCGAUGUGGAUGACCCUUGACCUCUUAGUGGCCAGGGAAUGGAGAAAAUCGCCUCGUGACUUACUGGACGAGUUAGAGGAAUGGUUAGAAUCCAUAAAGACUUCCGCUAAAAUAGAUCCUCCUGCAAGAAGUGACGACAAAAGCAGAAGUACUGAGGGCACUACUCCAACUCUGGCAGGAACUGAAGAUCUCCCCAAAGAAAAGAAAAAGAAGUUACGCAAAAAUGUAAAGUCCACUUCGCAUCGUGGGCCGUCCAGAUUCAGCCAACCAGACACACGGCUGCUCCUCGAGAAGCUGAUGGGCACGAGCACAGUGCGACUCACUGACAGGGAAUUCAUGCAGAAACUGCAGGAGAGGAUCUGCGAGGACCGCCUGCAGAGGCAGAGCAAGAGAAUACAGGAGAGGGAGGCUGCAGAGGUGGAAAGGGAAAAGAAGUUGAUAUUAGAGGGUAAAAUUCCAGUUGAAGAAGCGUCCAAAGAACUGAUGAAACACCCUGUAUUCGAAAUAUCGAAAUUAACAAAGAAGAUAAUAGAAGAAAAAAGGACAAAGGUAAAACUAUCGCCUGCUUCCGCGAGUCCCUGCUAUCACGGGAAUCUGGAUGAGGCAGAUGGAGGGGGAGCAGGGGAGGCGGCGUCCAUGCUGGGCACCACGGCAGCGACAAGUGCUUCAGACCUGAGCGUCGCAUCGCCCAAGUACUCUCUUGGCGACAGUGCGGCGCAAGGCUUCAUGUUCACGCAAGAGGAGUACGAUAGAAUUAAAUACGAGUCUCCACUCGUCAAGAAACUGCGUAAGUUGGAGACCGUAGAUGAGCUGUAUGCCCUGGCAGAGGAGAUUGUGGGCCCACUGAAGACGGUGAGACGCAGGCAGCAGCACUGUGGCGGCACUUGAUACAGACGUCGCUCCUUUGUUCGUGUUUUGAAGUUAUUUAUUAUUGUCAAGUGCUUCUCGCUGCCUGGUCCUCCUCAUGCAAUAACUGAUGUAGAACAUACCACAGCGGUACCAUGACCAGGGGUUACGUAUUUCUAAGCUUUAUUAUUGUCAAGGAGAAGUGGAUGCUCUUAGUCGGGUCAAGAAACUCGGUUCCGUGCUCGUGACAAUAUGGAACUUUCUGGAAAGGGAUUCAUAUUGCAGGGCCAGAAUAUAUACAUCGUAGCAGAAGUAAGUGGUGUCCAAAGUAUGGCUUGAAACCGCCUCUGUGGUCUAGAGGUCAGAGUUCCUGGCUACAGAUCCAUAGG